GCUCUGGGAAAUGAAGUUGUUCCUAUGGAGUGCUGAUAAAAGAAAAGCGACAGAGGAGGGACUAAAAAAUUGGGUGGGAGACGUGAGAGAGCUGGCUUAUGAUGCCCUCGAUGAGUUCAUCACUCGGAUGAAGAUUUUAAAGCACCGAAGACGACUAAAGCAUGGAUUAAGUUUUAUCAAGAAGUUUAUAGUCUAUCAUAAGUUCGCGACUGAGGCCCAACAAAUUAAGAGGAGGGUUAAGGAAGCAAAUGAUAGGAGGUUGGCAUCCCAUUUAGAAGCAGCAAGAGAUGAAGGAGCGCCCUCAAAUGACUCCAUCACACAUUGGCGAGAUCCACGGCUCGUUUUCUCUUCAUGGAGGAAUCUGACAUCGUGGGGAUCGACAAGCCCGCAUUUCGGCAUGAUACAAUGUGUCCUGAUGAGCUUAGAGAUUUGGUAGACGUCCUUGUGGCAAAAUGUGGU